AUGGCCUCGGUCGGGGGUUUUCUAGUCUCACCCUUUGGUGGUGUAAGGUGCUUUACGAGGCACCGGUUUGGAGUUCGGGCUCAGAGUUCGGAGGGUAGAGAAGGCUCCACGGUGUUGUCGUCGAAGGGAUCUUCGACGGUGGUGGUGGGGACGCAGAAGAAUCAGAAUGGUUCAUUGGUUAAGGAGGAAAAGAAGGUGCUGUUGUUGGAAGUUGAAGAGAAGAAGAAGGGUGAAGCAGAAGAAGGUUUGGCAGCGCUUUGGGAUGAUGGAUAUGGGAGAAGGAAUGUAGAGGAUUACUUUGUUGCAGCUAAGGAGAUUUGCAGAUCAGAUGGAGGCCCACCUCGGUGGUUUUGCCCAGUUGAAUGUGGGGCCCCUUUGAAGAAUUCUCCUACUCUUUUGUUUUUGCCGGGGAUGGAUGGCACGGGAAUGGGUCUCACUUUGCACCUUCAAGCUCUUGGGAAGGUUUUUGAAGUUCGAUGCUUGCAUAUCCCAGUUCAUGAUAGAACACCAUUUGAAGGUCUUUGCUUUUUAACUGCUAGAUUGGAGAGAUUUCCUCCUCCCUCCAAUUUCCCUUCCAAAAACCCUUACUGUGCUCUAGAACAUGCGAAAUUCUUGACCACUGAGCUGGUGAAACUUGUUGGAGAAGCUGUUAAGCUUGAACAUGCUUUGUCUCCAAAUAAACCAAUCUAUCUGGUAGGUGAUUCUUUUGGUGGAAGUCUGGCACUUGCUGUUGCUGCUCAUAAUCCAACAGUUGACCUGGUACUGAUAUUAUCCAAUCCAGCUACUUCCUUUGGCCAAUCUCAGUUGCAACCUUUGUUUCCUAUCUUAGAGGCUAUGCCUGAAGAGCUGCAUGUUUCUGUUCCCUUUCUUCUUAGUUUUAUUAUGGGCGAUCCGGUUAAGAUGGCAUCAGUGAAUAUCGAAAAUAGGCUUCCUCCUGUCAAAAAAAUUGAACAAUUAUCAUACAACCUUACUGCAUUGCUGCCAUGUCUUCCUGAACUGGCUAAUAUUAUUCCAAGGGAUACUCUUCUUUGGAAGCUGAAACUUCUCAAAUCAGCUGCUGCAUAUGCUAAUUCGCGUCUUCAUGCUGUUAAAGCUGAAGUACUUGUGCUUGCUAGUGGUAAGGAUAACUUGCUUCCUAGCAUACAUGAAGCUCAAAGACUCGCGCAAUUAUUGCCAAACUGCAAAUUUCGUGUCUUCAAAGACAGUGGACACACCCUUCUCCUGGAAGAUGGUAUUGGCCUUUUGACAAUCAUCAAGGGAACUUGCAUGUAUCGACACUCACGGAGGCAUGAUUUGGUCAGGGAUUUCAUCCCUCCCAGUAUGACAGAAUUCAGAUAUGCUAUGGAUCAAGUGGUUGGGUCAUUUCGUUCUGUUACGGCAUCCGUAUUUUUCUCUACCUUGGAGGAUGGAAAAAUUGUAAAGGGUCUCUCUGGGGUUCCAGAUGAAGGUCCUGUCUUAUAUGUUGGUUAUCACAUGUUGUUGGGGUUCGAGCUUAUCUCACUUACUGAUGAAUUUUUAAGUGAGAAAGGUAUUGCCCUUCGUGGCAUAGCGCAUCCGGAGCUAUUCAUGCCUAAAGUGGAGAGUUUUUCAUCUGAGUUUUCUAUGUUUGAUUGGGUGAAGAUAUUUGGUGGGGUGCCUGUUUCUGCAAGCAAUCUUUUCAAAUUACUUUCAACAAAGUCACAUGUUCUCCUAUAUCCUGGUGGUGCUCGGGAGGCUCUCCAUUAUAAGGGGGAAGAAUACAAGUUGAUUUGGCCUGAUCAUCCGGAAUUUGUGAGAAUGGCCGCACGAUUUGGUGCCACAAUUGUGCCAUUUGGAGCUGUGGGGGAAGAUGAUAUAGCUGAAAUACUACUUGAUUACAACGACUUAAUAAAGAUCCCCAUAGUCAGCGAUUACAUAAGAAAUAUGAAUCGUGACUCAGUUAAGUUCAGAGAUGAAAAAAGUGGUGAGGUAGCAAACCAAAAUCUGUCUUUUCCUGUGCUUGCACCCAAAAUACCAGGUCGCUUUUACUAUCUGUUUGGAAAACCCAUAAGAACAAAAGGCAUGGAAAAGAUGCUAAAAGACAGAGAAAGUGCCAACCAAAUGUACCUGCAGAUUAAGUCAGACGUUGAAAGUAAUUUGAAUUACUUGAUCAAGAAGAGGGAGGAGGAUCCAUACAGGAAUAUCAUCAAUAGGAAAAUAUAUCAGAUAUUUUAUCCUCCUGAAACUGAUCCAACCCCAUCAUUUAAGCCCUGA